AUGGAGCAGGAGUUCCUACGAGCCCUGCAGUCCUUCUACUACGACCAGAAGGCCAUCAUGUCCAACGAGGAGUUCGACAACCUCAAGGAGGAGCUCAUGUGGGAAGGCAGCAGCGUCGUCAUGCUAAGCGCCGAUGAGCAGAGGCUGCUGGAAGCCUCCAUUGCCUACAUCGCCGGCAACCCCAUCAUGUCAGAUGCGGAGUUCGACGAGCUCAAGCUUAGACUCAAGCAAGAUGGAAGCGACAUCGUGACGGAAGGCCCCAGGUGCAGUCUACGGAGUCGGAAGUGUUAUCUGUUCACAUUGAUUCAAAUUCAAGUUUACAGCGAUCUGACCGUUGACUACUUGAAGAUGUUCCUGCUCAAUGUUCCAGCAACUAUUGUUGCUCUAGGACUGUUCUUUUUCAUCGAUGAGCUGACUGGCUUUGAGGUCAAUGUAUUCCAGUUUCCGGAGCCCUUUGGCUUCAUAUUCACGUAUUUUGCCGCUUUGCCUCUGAUAUUGGUAACGGCGCAAGUGGUAACCAAGGCCAUAAUAAAUGAUGUCUUAAUCCUGAAGUUGCAAAACAGUGAUGGUAUACGACUCAAAAACUCGGCUGAUCACACUUCCAGAUUCAUGAAGAGGAUAAUUAUAGAUAUCUACUUGCAAUUGUACCAGAUUGGCACGAAUGAAGCUGCACAAUGUAUAGAAGACCAAGAUGGUUGCUUUGAAACAAUAUAUGAACUAAGAUUGCAAUUUGAAACAAAAGAACUUAUAAAAGGAGAAAGGCUACCUAUAGAAAGCUAUAAUGUGAAAGAUCUAUAUGCAGUUCGAAAAGCAUAUAUUCUUAAAGGUGCGUGUCGACCAUAUGCACAUGAGUUAAGAUUGGAGUAUCAAGGAAGAGGCUGUCUUUUGCUUUGUAUGCUACCUAUUCAAAGAAAACAAAGUAGGGGCAAGGGAACCGGUGUAUUUCUUGAUGGCAGCUGGAAAAAUUGGAAUAGGGCCAAUGAUGCUCUUCAGAAACAUGUGGGUGAUAUAACAACCGUGUAUAAUAAAGCUCUGGAGAUAUACAACUUAUUUUUUAAUCCCAAGGCAAUAGUUGAUGAUCUUAUUGUGAAGGAUUGGCAUUCUGCCGGCAUGAUGAAAUGGAGUAUUCUCACUAUAAAGGGUAACCCAACGACUGGAUCAUACAAAGCCCAACCGAACCCCCAUGGCAAAUUACCUGAACCAUCGGAACUGUGCACCCCCAUCUGA